ACUUGCAAGUGGAGGUCUAGUUCAUGGAUCUGGAAAAAUGGAGCUCACUUGACCAUCCUCAAAAGCUUUCCUAUCAAGAAUUUCCCCAGUAAAAAAACAGAGCUUUUGUGGGAUACGGAUUCAGAGGAAACAGGGGAAUCGAUCCCUGGAAACGAAAGGGCGUCAUGUUUGGUUGCAGCAUCAAUGGAAGCCUCAACGUGGCCGAGUUCAGCAAGCCCAUGCCCUGGAUUGGCAUCUACAUAGCAGCUGCUUCCUUAGCCUGCGCGGUCGCCAUGGCCGUGGACGCCGUGGCUGCCUUCCGCUACCGGAGGCUCUGGUUCCCGAGCCGCUUCUUCGCCCUCAACGCCACGUCGCUGACUAUCAUCGCGGUCGCGGUCAAGCUCUCCGUCGACCUCAACACGCCCAUGCCGCGCCGCCAGGACCAGCUCGCCAAGCUCAGCAGCUCGGUCCUGAUCUGCACUGUGAUGGGCAAUUUGAUGCCUUCUCUUGGGGCGAUGGAGAACAAGGAGCUCUUGUCCAACAUGAUUGCUCUUGCAAUUCUUGUCAUCACGUCGAUCGUGAACAUUUGUAUGCAAUUGGGCACUGGAGUGAUCUACACGUACCGGAGGGAACAUGCCUUCGUGAUGCUCCUGAUGCUGCUCUUGCUGAUGAUGCUGAGCUUCUCAGCCGCGGUUGUCCCAACCACGAAGUGCUACUUGGAGAUGAAGUAUUGCAAGAAGCACGAGCUGGCCCUGAAGGAGAGCUCGAGCCAUAGUCGCGAGACUGUCUUCGAUAAGCUCAAGGAGGACCUGAUGAAGUAUGGGAUGAUGGCUCAUACCGGCAACCCGCAAUUCGUCGUUGGGCGGUCAGUGACGUGCGCUGCUUCCGGGGCACUCUGCCUCCUGAGCGCAAUGACUCUGGUGCAGGCGAUGCUCCGGUCUUACCUGAUGCCCGGUAGGUUCGAGUUCUGCAAUGGUGAGUCCGACUAUAAGUGGUCGAGCAUGGUGAUUCUCAUCGCCCAGAAUAUCGCGGUUGGGGUUGGCACGAUUGCCCCGGCUUUCCGAUGGUUCAUUGCCAUCAAAUUCAAGUGCCCGAAGCGGGGGAACAAGAGCUACAAGGACGAAUUCAAGCUCGAAAAGCAUUGGAUACAGUGUUUCAUAGAGAUCAAGGAGUGUCCGUUAGGUUUACACAUCCCAAGCCGGCAUUGUCGGAAGCUCACCCACGAUGCAAAGAGGGUGGUUUUGGAGAUGCUUACUGGAAUACAAGUCGGGAUCGUGUUGGGAAGCAAGGUCGUGAGGCUGAUCUCGAUUCUGUUCAUGAGCCGGAUCUUGUUGUUCUGUGACUUGUGCUGCGAGUUGAGGAAGAAGCUCAAAUUGAACAUCAGCGUUUCAACCAACGACUUGGACUCCAGUUUGCGACUAGAAGGCUCGGUCUCGAAGCCACCAGACCUCAGCCGUUAUGUUUUGCAUCUCGAGGGUGAGGAAGAAUUGGUCCAUACCAUGAUGCGGAACAACUGCGACGCCACCGAAUGUUGGAUCAAGAUGGGGAAGAAAAAUCAGCCCAAACAUCUCAUACAACUCCUGGAAGAGACUCCAUCUCGCUUGUUCGGGGGGGUGAUGAGUUUCGACAGUGAUGCAGUUCCGCCACUGGAUUCUGCAGAACCUCCAAACAACUGGGCGCUGCCGAUCGUGACCUUAGCAAGCCUUGGGCUCGCUAUUCCGAACAUCGACCCACAUGCCAGAAAACGACUGCUGCAGGGCGUUCGUGAGGGCCUGACGUAUGUCAACUUAGUUGAAGAGAGGCUGUGUGCAAAACAAGAAUUGGUGAACACACGCAAGGCGGCAAGCAUUGUGUUUCUGGAAGUUGAUCUCUACCACAAAUGGCUCGAUGUAGAUCUCCACAAACUGUCCCUCCAAGGAAACAGCAUGAGGGACGUGCUCGAAGCGCUCGGGGGCACCGCGAAGAACGUUUUUGUUGAAUUCAAAGCCCUACCGACCACCGGAUGUUUAAUGGAAUCCCCUUCUAUGUGGCCCGUCAAAGUCCUGGCUGCAUAUUCCAUGUACCGGAUAAGUGAGACCCUACUGCUCGAUUGCAAGGGUAGCGACUGCGAUAUGAGCAGUAGAAUCUUCGAGAAGCUAGCGAGGAUGAUCUCUGAUAUUAUUGCGGCCUGCCUUACCAACUUAGAACAUGUCAUGUUCACCGAGUGCUGUUGCAGCGGCAUCGAGGAACGAAAAGAGAGCGUGCGGUUCGCCGCUCUUCUUCUCGGAAGAACGGUGAAAGUGAUGAAUAUCCUAAAUCAAAGAGAGCUUCCGUAUCUGGACUCGGAACAAUUGGCGAGCAUUGACGAGUGGCGCGCCUCGGGCGACCUGAGGAAGGCCUUAUUGGCGAAGUCAUUCACAGAUGAGAGCGAGCUGUCUUCUCUCAGUCCUGGAGAUCUUUACCUGUCUAUUCAGGAUUCGCAAGUCUAGGAGGGAAGCUGGAACCGGCCUAGGAGUUUUUACAUACCUUAUUAUUAUUAUUUUUUUUUCUGUUCGGGCGAUGAUAUGAACAACGGCUCGAGACAUGUCUCUUGCUGAUGUAUAGUAUUAACAUUACCGAGACAGGAAUAUGAUGACCUCUUGGAAACGA